CUUUUGGUGGCAUUACCGGUAAUCUACCCAGCCUGGAACGGUUAAACUAUCUUAACCGUUGGCUCUGAAUUCCGCUCCCUUUUGAGCUUAAGCGUUGAGAUAUCCUAAGCGUUGAGAAUGCUUAAGCGUUGGGAGCAGGGGCUUACACCUGAUUGGCUAGCUGGGCUCACGCUAAUGCAGGCUAUUGGAAUUUGGCUUUCUAUUGACUACGCCCGGUCCUUCCCCUUGGCUACGCCCGGUCCUUCCCCUUGGCCGUCGCCCGCCCAAGUUCAAAACCACCAAGUCCAAAACCACCAAGUCCAAAACCACCAAGUCCAAACCACCACCACCACCUUGUGUCUCGGCCGUCAUUGUCGCCGUCGCUAUCGCUAUCGCUAUCGCUAUCGCCGGGGCAAUUGAAUCUGCGAUGCAAAUAAUGGUCAGCUUGAGCAUUGAUGCCGGGGUGUAGCUAUACCUGCGUUGAUGGUGGUGAUGAUGAUGAUGAUGGUGGUGGUGGUGAUG